AUGAAGGUGCUUGUUUGCCUGAUUGUCUGCGUGAGCCUCGCCCAGGCUGGCUUCAUCGGUGGUGGCUACUCCGGCGGUGGCUACUCCGGCGGUGGCGGUGGCCACUCUGGCGGUGCACCCACCAUUGUCAAGGUGAUCCAUGAGGAAGGUCAUGGACAUGGCGGCGGCGGCGGCUUCGAUCAUGGACAUGGACACGGCGGCGGCGGUGAGGUCAAGAUUGUCAAAGUGAUUCAUGAGGAGGCACAUGGACAUGGUCACGGUGGCUUCGAUCAUGGACACGGACACGGCGGACAUGGCGCCGAAGUCAAGGUCAUUAAGGUCAUCCAAGAUGCUGGUUUCAGUCACGGUCACGGCCACGAUCACGGCGGCGCCAUUGAUCACGGCCACGGUGGACACUUUGCCGCUGACCAUGGCCACCACGUCGAGGACGUGAAAGUCGUCAGCGUCAUCAGCGAAGGCGGCUACGGCGGCGGCGCUGGCGGCGCUGGCUGGUCUGCC